AUGACUACCACGGACCCGUACAGCGAGGUUCUCACGAUGGUCGUAAUCCUGUUGGCCGCCAUUGUGCUGUUCGUGGUGAUCUGGGUGCUGAUGCGCAAGUACUGCCCGGCACCUUCCGGCCAGAAGGCGUCCGUAGACGGCGAGGCCCCGAGCGGGGUCGCUCAGGUCCCGCAUCUGCAGCAGCCGACCAGGACGGGAGACGCCGCGCCGAUUACGCAGCCACAGUUCCUCUCGGAUCAUAAGACGACCGAGCCGACGGCUGAGGUGACGUCCGACAAGCCUCGCAGCGGCGGAUCAUCCGUCGAGCCGCUGGCGGACGGCGCCAUGUCUCCCGGACGCCGCUUUACGAAUGCCGCCCGCAGGGCUUCAGUGGCCGUGAGUCGAGCCGUCAGAGAGCAGACGGCCAACAUGCUGGAGGCCCUGUCCUCUGGUCCAGAAGGGGUUCAGACACAGGCCGUCGAGGAUCACAAGAAACCCGAAACCGAGGAGCCGCCGCCCUACAAGCCUCGCAGCGGCACGGCGUCCCCCGAGAUGGCGGAAGAAGGCGCCGCGUCGCCCGGGCGCCGCUUCGCGAACGCCGCCCGCAGGGCUUCGGUAGCCGUGAGUCGCGCCGUCAAGCUUCAGACGACCACUAUCCUCGAGUCCCUGUCCACCGGUGGUGAAGCAGUCCCGGCGCGGGCCUUUGUGGAUCGCAAAACAAGUCCAACCAGGGAGCCGCAGCCAGACAGGCUUCGCAUCGCCGGGGAGUCCAUUAACGACUCACCAGAGGGCGCCCACUCGCCUGGUCUUCGUUUCGCGAACGAGGCCCGCAAGCCUUCGGCGCAGGCCUUCGCGGAUCACAAAACAUCUCAAGCCGAGGGGCCGCAGCCCGACAGGGUUCGCUUCGGCGGGGAGUCCGCUAACGACUCGCCAGAGGGCGCCCAUUCUCCUGGUCGACGCCUCACGAAUGCGGCCCGCAAGCCUUCGAUGGGCGUGAGCUGGGCCGCCAAACAACAGACAACCAAUAUGUUGGAGGCCCUGUCAACCGGUUCCGAAGCGGCUAAUACACAGGCCCUCAACGAACGCAAGACAAUCGAAAAAAGCGAGGAACCGCCGUAUGACAAGGAUCGGCGCGGUACUGGGACCGCUGACCACCCGGCAGAAGGCACUUUGUCCCCUGGACGCCGCUUCGUGAACGCCGCCCGCAGGGCCUCGGUGGCCGUGAGCCAAGCCGUCAGGGCGCAGACGACCAGCAUCCUCGAGUCGCUGUCCACCGGGGUCGAUAUGGUCCAGGUUCCUUCGGGCGAGACUACCCCCACGCGCAAAGCCUCGGCGCCGACCGAGCAGGGAGGCGAAGCGAAGCCUACGGUGACCGUUGCUCCGGCCAAAGAUGGCGGCGUCGCGGACACUGACGCCAAGGGGCACAAGUCUCCGUCGAUUCCCGGUCCCCAGAGCCCGGUCAGAUCGGCGUCGAUUGCGGCGACGCUCACAGGCAAGCCGGGGGACGUGGCAAAGGUUGAGGCUGCCCGGGAGAAAAAGCCACUGGAAGGGAAAGACGAAGCCAAGUCGAGCCAGCCACCGCGGCGGAGUGGUUCCGACGUGGCGCCACCGAGAGACUGCACAGCAGCGGCCUCUGGCGGCGGUGGAACCGAGGCCAAAAAGGGCGCGCUAACGCCGCCUGAUGGCAUUAACGUCGCGGCGGGCAUGUCCAGCCCACGUGCCCAUAGCUCGGACCACUCGCCCGCCGACGAGAGUGCGCUCCAGUCAGCCGGAGGCAGCGUCGAACAUCGGCAAGCCUUCCCACCGCCAUCGUAG